AUGCUGGUCUCCUACAUACAAAACUUAGAAAAAAUUGGUUACGCUCCGACAUCAAAAGACGUUAGGCACAUGGCGUUUACAUUUGCUGAAAAAAAAAACGGUCUAAAGUGUAGAUUUAAGAAAGACGUUCAACUCGCAGGUUAUGACUGGUUCAAACUUUUUUUGAGGAGGCAUCCGACUUUGUCAAUGAGAGUGGCUCAGGGUCGAUCUAUUGCUCGUUCACUGGGAAUGUCUCAUAAUGAGGUUGAUCCAUAUUUUAAAUUACUUGGGGAGACAUUGGAAAAACACAAUUUGCUUGAUAAGCCAGGAAAAAUUUUUAAUAUGGACGAAACUGGGCUGCAGCUUUGCAAUAAGCCUGACAAAGUUGUUGCCACUAAAGGGUCCAAGGAUGUUCAGUCAGUGACAAGUGCAGAAAAAGGAGAGACUAUAAGUAUCAUAGCAUGCUGUAAUGCCGAAGGCAAUUAUCUCCCACCUUACGUUAUAUUUAAAGGGAAGAAUAAGAAAAAAGAGUUUGAAGACAAUAUGCCACCUGGUUCAACUGUUGUUAUUUCGCCGGAUUCAGCCUACGUUAAAAGUAGUAUUUUUGCAUCAUGGAUAAAGAGGCACUUUUUACCUAGAAAAGGGCCCGGUCCUGUUGUGCUGGUUCUUGAUGGGCAUGCUUCCCAUUGCAGCGAUGUUGACAUGUUGGAUUUUUUAGCCGAAAAUGAUAUUCAUGUACUCUGUUUACCAAGUCAUACUAAGCACUGGCUACAACCUCUUGACAGGUCAUUUUUCAAGCCCUUAAAGACUUACUGGAACAGUGCUUGUGGGCAGUGGAUCCGAAAUCACCCUGGACGUAGAAUUACAAGAUAUCAGUUCGGAGAAUUAUUAAAUCAGGCAUGGAAACAAGCCGCAACCAACCAAAAUGCAGUUUCUGGGUUUGAGGCAUGCGGAAUAUUUCCAUUAAACCCGGAUAAAAUUCCGGAUUAUGCAUAUGUGCUCUCAGAACAAUCAGAUCAACAUGCCGAAACUUUAGUCCAUAUCGUUGCAGAAAAUUCUGAAGACCCUGUUGAACCCGAAGACGAAAACACCGAUUUAAAUAGAACAAUAUCAUUUGAGGAUAUUGUCCCGCUCCCUUCCAUAUCUAGUCCUAGCAGACCACGUCCUCGUAAACAACAUGCUGAAUUGCUUACUUCCCCACAAUUCCGUGAAAGAAAGUGCUAG